UUAAUUUUUAUCUUAUAUUUUAUAAUUCUCAUUAUUUAUAAAUCAUUAUCCGUAAUAUACUGUAUUAUCUAUAAUUUUUAUUAAUAUAUUCAUUCUUCAACUUGCAAAAUUAACUCAUCUCCCGCCCCGCCACCGCCACUGCCACCCCUGAUUUGCUCCGCGCCCGAUAUGAUACGGGAUGGGGAUGGAUUACUACAAACCUGCCCCCAACCCGUCCCAUGACAGUCCCUAGUUAUGUGAAUUGAUAGUUGUCUUUCGAAUAUGCUUUACAUUAUGCAAUCAUUUAGGUUAGCAAUGCAAACACAUACAACUUAAUUGUAAAAGUCAUCUUUUCAACUGUGGCAUUGGUUAUGAAGUGUGGGGUAGACAAUUCAAAUUUGAUGCAAAAUUAAAUUUCCAUGAUAGCCUUUCCUUUUAGCACCUGUUCUGUAUAAUUUAGUUGGAAAUUAGUUGCAAAUUGCAAUGUUUUUCUUAUCAUAUUUUGUUGAUAAUUCUUAACCAUAUAAGAGAAACAAAAAGAAGAACUGCUUACGAAGUAGUUCAGAAUUGAAAUGUAAACCUAUUAUGUUUUUUUGUAUACAACUAAGGUUAUUGGGAAUUGGGAUCAAUGGGGUAUCUAAAAUAAUCAAGCUUCUGUGAAGCGAAGUCCCACAUUGCCUGAGUAUUAAAGUAAUAUUAAACAUAUAACCGUGAGGGCACCCUCACCUUAAGAGCUGGCUUUUGGGGUGAGUUCUACCCAAGACCGUGUAACAUGGUAUCAGAUCUGGAGUACUUAGGGAGCGGUAGGGUGCGUGUCCCUGGCCUGCAUGCUGCAAGUGCUUCCGAGUGAGCACAUUGGGCGUGAGGGAGGGUAUGAAGCGAAGUCCCUUGUCACCUGAGCACUAAAGUAAUAUUAAGCAUAUAAGUGUGAGGGCACCCUUACCUUAAGAGCUAGCUUUUGGGGUAAAAGCUUCCUUGAUCAUGCACAGAUAACAGUUUACAUAAUGGGUUGGCUUAGCAAAAUUUUCAAGGGCUCAAGCCACAAAGUUUCAGAAGGAAAAUAUAAUAGGAAUGUGGGAUAUGGAGAAGACACACUCGGGUGUGAACCUUCAAGUUCAGGGGAUGCAUGGGCAGAGAUUGAAGAUAUUGAUCAUGCUAUUGCACUAUCCCUUUCAGAAGAAGAUCGAAAAAGUAAAAACAUUGUUGAUAAUGAAUACCAAUUGAAAGAUGAUGAACAACUUGCCAAAGCUAUACAAGAAAGUUUGAAUGUUGAAUCUCCACCCCAAUAUCCCCAAUAUGGAAAUGAAAAUAUUUAUCAGCCCAUACCUUUCCCGUAUUCAACAGGGUUCAGGAUAUGUGCUGGUUGUAACACCGAGAUUGGUCAUGGAAGAUUUUUGAAUUGCAUGGGUGCAAUUUGGCAUCCAGGAUGUUUCCGAUGCCAUGGCUGCAACCAACCAAUUUGUGAUUAUGAGUUCUCUAUGUCUGGGAAUUAUCCUUAUCACAAGUAUUGCUACAAGGAGCACCAUCACCCAAAAUGUGACGUUUGCAAACAUUUUAUUCCAACAAAUGCUGCUGGCCUUAUUGAAUAUAGGGCACAUCCUUUCUGGAUCCAGAAAUAUUGCCCCUUUCAUGAACAUGAUGGGACUCCUCGGUGCUGUAGCUGUGAGCGUAUGGAGCCACGGGAAACAAGAUAUGUUGCCCUUGAUGAUGGUCGGAAGGUCUGCUUAGAGUGUCUGGAUUCUACAAUCAUGGAUACUAAUGAGUGUCAACCCCUUUAUCUUGAUAUACAAGAAUUUUAUGAAGGCUUGAAUAUGAAAGUAGAGCAGCAGGUUCCAUUACUCUUGGUAGAGAGGCAAGCACUGAAUGAAGCCAUGGAUGGGGACAAGAGUGGCCAUCAUCACAUGCCUGAGACCAGAGGACUCUGCCUUUCUGAGGAACAAACUGUCAGUACUAUUUUGAGCCGUCCAAUAAUUGGGACCAGAAAUAGAGCCAUGAACAUGAUAACAGAACCCUAUACGCUCACGCGGCGUUGUGAGGUCACUGCAAUUCUAAUUUUAUAUGGCCUUCCUAGGUUGCUGACUGGGUCAAUUUUAGCUCAUGAGAUGAUGCACGCGUGGCUUCGACUUAAUGGUUACCGAAUUCUAAGUCAAGAUGUAGAGGAAGGUAUCUGUCAGGUUCUAGCUCACAUGUGGUUAGAAUCUCAGAUUAUGUCAAUAUCAGGCAGCAAUGUUGCAUCAACCUCGUCCUCUGCGCCGGUUUUAACAUUAUCAAAGCAGGGGACAAGGUCUCCAUUUGAGAGGAAGCUAGGGGAGUUUUUCAAACACCAGAUUGAAUCAGAUACAUCUCCAGUGUAUGGAAAUGGAUUUAGAGCAGGAAACCAGGCAGUCCUGAAAUAUGGCCUUUGGACAACCCUCGAGCACAUUAGAUUGACGGGGACUUUUCCUUAUUAAAGUAUAUAUUGAGCCUGAAUUUUGAAUGGCAUUUUGUGAUUGAUUUGUUCAGAGUGAAGUUUUGCCUCUUCACAUUAGGAGGACCUUAGAACCAACCUAUAGAGUGUAGUUAGAAAUUUUUUGAUUUCUAUACCUUGUAAAUGUUGUCCAGUUCUGUACUUUUAAAGAAAAUUAAUAAAAUUAUACUGUUUUACAAA